CGAGUACUCAAAACUGGGUUUAAGUUGGGUGUGCUACCAAAUGACAGCCUAGUAGUGGCAUCAGCUUCCAGGCGAGACGGGAUGGAGUUCUGGAGACAGUGCGCCUUGUGGCUCAUUGACUGCAAGGUGCUGCCGCCGAACCACCGGGUUACAUGGGAGACAGCGCAGGUUUUCGACCUAGCUCAGACGCUCCGCGAUGGAGUCCUGCUGUGCCAACUCCUCAACAACCUGAAAGCCCAGUCCAUCAACCUGAAGGAAAUCAAUCUGAGACCGCAGAUGUCACAGUUCCUCUGUUUGAAGAACAUCAGAACAUUCUUGUGUACCUGCUGUGAAAUAUUCUCCAUGAAGAAGAGCGAGCUCUUCGAAGCCUUUGACCUGUUCGAUGUGCGGGAUUUCGGAAAGGUAAUGGACACACUGUCAAAACUGUCGCACUCAGCAGUUGCACAGCAGACUGGAAUCAGACCUUUCCCAACAGAGGAGGGUUUAGAAGACGAAGAUGAAUACAGUCACCUGGGCGAUAUGAUGGAUGAGAACGGCGUGGAGGACGAGGAGGAGCUGUACGACUGCGUGUACAGCGAGGACGAAGCAGGCGAGGUCUAUGAGGACCUGAUGAAAGCGGAGGUGGCGCCCCCCACUAAACAAGCAGAGACCGACAUCAGGAGCUGCUGUCUGAUUGAAAUCAAGCAGACGGAAGAAAAGUACACUGAAACUUUGGAGUCCAUCGAAAAAUACUUCAUGAUCCCUCUCAAGAAGUUUGUUACCGCAGUGGAGAUCGACAAGGUGUUUAUCAACAUUCCGGACUUGGUCAAAGUGCACAAGAACCUUAUGGUGGACAUCCAGGACUCUAUCCUCAGCAAGAACGCCCAGAACCUUCACCAGAUCUUCGUCAACUACAAAGAGAAACUCCUCAUUUACGGUGUAUACUGCAGUCAAGUAGAGACGGCCAUCGCCAUUCUGGAUUGUAUCUGCAAAGACAAGGAGGAUGUACGACUGAAGCUGGAGGAAUGUUCAAAGAGGGCAAACAACGGAAAGUUCACACUACGAGACCUCCUCGUCGUCCCCAUGCAGCGAGUGCUGAAAUACCAUCUGCUUUUACAGGAGCUGGUGAAGCACACUCCUGACGCGACCAACAAGAGCAAUCUGCGGACGGCCCUCGACGCCAUGAAGGACCUAGCACAGUAUGUCAACGAGGUGAAAAGGGACAAUGAGACCUUGAGAGAGAUCGACCAGUAUCAGAGCUCCAUAGAGAACCUGAAUCAAUCCCUGAGGAAUUUCGGACGACCCAAAGGUGACGGGGAGGUGCGGGUGGCCACGGUCGACAAACGCGCAAAGCAGGACAGGCAUAUCUUUCUGUUCGACGUCGCGGUGAUCAUCUGCAAGAGGCGGGGUGACAACUACGAAAUGAAGGAGGUGAUCGACCUCAACCAUUUCAAAAUUACCAACAACCCAACGACAGACAAGGAAAACAGGAAGUGGUCAUAUGGCUUCUACCUCACGCACAACCAGGGCCAGACUGGCUUUGAGUUCUUCUUCAAAACCAAGGAGAUGAAGAAGAAGUGGCUGGAGCAGUUCGGCAUGGCCAUGUCCAACAUCCGGCCAGAGGACGCCACCAGUAACUCGCACGAUUUCCGGAUGCACACUUUUGAGAGAGCCACAUCCUGCAGCUCCUGUCGGAUGCUGCUCAGGGGGAUCUUCAACCAGGGAUACCUGUGUGGCAAAUGUGGGGCAGGGGCCCACAAAGAGUGCCUGGGGAGGCUGGCCGGCUGUGGAAAGAGGGGCCAAGAUUUCGGAUCCGAUACAUUACAGAGGGGGACCGGAGACCCAGGUUUGCCAAAGAUGCUCGUUACCCAUGAGUACCACGGCAUCCCAAGUCCUUUGUGCGGUCCUCCGUUAAACAUCCAGAUCGGCGACAUUGUGGAGCUUCUCUGUGCUGAUAUUCACAGCUCCUGGUGGCAGGGUAAGAUACUGAGAACGGGAGAAAGUGGCUUUUUCCCGAGUAACAAUGUGAAACCAUGCCCAUGCGUCCCAAAACCGGUUGAUUACUCUGCACAGCUCUGGUUUGCAGGGGCGAUGGAGAGACCCCAGGCUGAGGCGGAGCUGAUUGACAGGGGAAAUAGCACGUACCUUGUGAGACAUAGGAGCAAGGAGCAAAACGAGUAUGCCAUAAGCAUCAAAUACAACAAUGAUGUGAAGCACAUCAAGAUCUUGAAUAAGGACGGCUGGUUCUGCAUCACAGAGAACAAGAAGUUCAAAAGCAUAUUAGAGCUCAUCGAGUACUACAAGCAUCAGUCCCUGAAGGAAGGCUUCCGUAGUCUCGACACCACGCUUCAGUUUCCGUACCGGGAGCCGGAGAAUAACACGAAGCUCAGAAGCCAGCGGCCCGGGAGCCAUGUCCUGAGUCCAAGGGUAAUGGGCAUCGCCAUCGCCAGAUAUGAUUACAGCGCCAGGGACAUGCGGGAGCUGUCCCUGAUGGAAGGUGACGUGGUGAAGAUCUACAACAAGUUGGGCGCCAAUGGCUGGUGGAAGGGCGAGGUGAACAGCAGGAUUGGCUGGUUUCCAUCCACCUACGUGGAGGAGGAGUGACCAGGCUUGAUGGGAUGGGAAGGGAUUUGGGGCAGGGUGUUGAACACAGCCUCUGAGAUGAAGGGUAGCUGCCGGCAGUAAGUCUCUGCCCACAAGCUCCACCAAUGGCUGCCUUCUGCCAGUCUGACACAUGCUGGGAAUGUUUGGACGGCUUGCUCUGCUGAUUGGAGGCCCAUAGUUCAGUGUGGGUUCUUCCAGUUCCAGUGGAACCUCAGUACCUGUCCCCUAGAGAGACUACCUUAUCCUAAUCCCUUCCCUCCCACUGUCAAUGUCCCCCCCCCCAACAGACACGACUCUGAUUGUGAGAGAGAAGGCUUGGACUGUUAAGGCCAUUUUGCUCCAAAAACAAAACAAAGUUUUUACAAGCACUGGCUGCAGGACAAUUUUAUCUUAUUUAUUUUGAACAAAGAAGUAAGAAGAAAGAGGAGAAGAUACUGAAAUCAUCCAGGGUAAAGAACAUAGAGAAGCUCAUGCAAGAUGCUGCUUCAGGAUAAGCAAUACUGAGAACUUGGAAGUAACAUCAUCUAUAAUCAGCCAGUUAACUACAGGAUACAGAAGACAGCACUUAUAUUGCUUGUUUUAAUGUUUUUUUUAUUGGAUAUUGAUUGUAUCCAGAUAGGUCUGUUAAUCAAGCAAAAGUAAAAAUAUUUAAAAAUGACCACUGGCUAAUGUAAUCCAAGAGGCAUACUGUACUAUUUAAAGCAACCAGAAUUGCUGCAAACUGCUUAAAAUGCCCCUUGUCAUCAAAUGAUAUAGGCUAGUUUUAUAAACCAAACCAAACGUUUUCUUCUUAUUUGAAAUAACGGAUGACGUGUAAUAAAUUACUUCCUAUCGGUUGUUUUUUUAACACGUCUGAAAACUGCAGAAAUUGUUGGUCGCACCGAAUAAGAGAAUGACAGGUGACACCGAUGCGACCCUUGUCGGACUUGGUAUGCAAGCCUUCGUAGAAAUACGCCCGUCCCAUUCAGAAGGUUUAGAUGUUUUUGUGCAAGAAAAUAAGGACUUAGUUUGAAAUGGCCUUCACUCUACUCACUACCUCUGUGCCCAACCUAGCCAUGCCCCCCUACUUGAUGACUGUGCUGACACCCCCAGUUCUGCAGGGGGCUAGUGGGCUGUGGCUUCUUUCAAGGUCCUCCCCCCGCUUCAGGUAAGACCCACCCACCAGGGAAACCGCUGGUAGGUUAAACCCCGGGUGGGAAUUUGAGAUCCAGUAUAAGACGAGGAUUGUCAAGUCCGUGUCUCUCCCUCGGUAAACUGAUAUGAUUUUCUGUCAUGUGCCCAUCAGCGAUCACUCUAAAAACACUUUGCUAGUCGUCUCAAUCUGUUUCCCUGAUUGGCACAGGGUGUCAGAGAUGUGGGUGGCUGUAACGCUUAGCAAGCUGUUGACACAGAACGAAACAGGCGCUGCACUGACAUCCUCGUACGGCAGCGGUGCAGUUUUCUAACGUCGCCGUUUGCAGGGCACAGUGCCUGGAGCAUUGAAAUAAUUGGGGCUUUCUGUUCGAGAGGAAUCCCAUUUGAGGUCAUAGCUAGUCUCAUCUUUAUCCCAUAAAGAGCAGGAUUAUGUUCUGAAAUGCUUGUUGUAGAUGGAAUAUUUACAGAUUAUCUCAGUUAUACGAGCCAAGUGGAUUAAAUGUACUUGAUUUAAAAAAGCACCAAAAAACAAGACAUUGUUUACAGAGAAAUAUGCAUUUAAUAUUGUUGUUAUCCUUUUAACGUGUAUAAGUCGAGAGAGUUGGUUUUGUUUCUUUAAACUGCUGUUUUUUUUUUUUUUUUUGACAACUUUGUAUCACUGAUGCAAGAAUUUAACUUGUACUGUCACUCAUGUGAUUAAUCCAAAAAUCGUACAGGACUCCAACUACUGAAUUUACUGAGAACUACAUAUGAGACGUAAAUGGGGUCCUGAGGCACUUUGAAACAUAUGUGAUGAUAUUUGUGUUUUUAUGCAUACUGUGACCGAUGUACAUACCCUGUACAUAGUCCUGUUUGUUCUUUUUUAUGUUGAAUAAAUGUUUUGAUGAAUUAA